CUAACCAGCUAGCCAGCCAGCCAGCCAGCCUGUACCCUCCCACUCCUUUCUCUCCCUUUGUCCUUACCCCAUCCCUCCUCUCACUGAAUCUAUGCAAGUAGACUGCCUCUCUCUCACACUGUUCUCUUCUGCAGACAGGAACAUUCUCCCUCUGUCUCUGGAUGAGGGAACUGCAUACUGAAAGUGCUUGCAACCAACUGCUGGGACCCGAAUGAAGUGCAGCCUGUCUCCUGAAAAAUCUUCCUAUUUUUGAGGGACAUUUGCUGCAGACUAACCAAUCAGCAUCUCAGCAUCUUUAUUUGUAAUGCUGCCUGAAGAGUAACUUGGACAUUUUUAGCUUCCUUUCUUCUUCCUCUUUAUUUUUUCCUGUGUUGCCCUUGUUGACCAGCAUGAUUUUCACCACAGCUGCUGUCCUUGGUGCCACGCUGGGCACUGCGUCAGGCAUCCUCACUCUCUUUGGGCUCUCACUGAUCUGCAGGUCCUGUAAGAAAGGCAAGCUGGAAAGUGGUGAAGAUGCAGACCCAGAGAAGGCUAAACCCAGUGUUCUGCACUCCUCAGAGCAGGUGAGCUGCCCUACUACAGUACUUGCACAUGGACUCAGAUCUUAGAGAACUUACUUUCCUGGGAGGGUAAUUACCAGCUUGGGGAAUCUGUGUGACUAGGUUUAUGUGACGUGGGACUGGAGUGAAUGCCAUGGUUAUUGAGUGAUAACAUUGACUAAAUGUCAUGUCACGUGUAGAGCUGUUUUUAUCUCAUAGGUGAUCUAUAAUUGUAGUGCAGAAAGCUUUGUCCUGUCUGUUUGAUUUGAGUAACUACAGUUUCUCUGUGUGGCAUGAAAUCCUGGUAAAUAAUAUAGCUAACUACAGUUGGUUAAUACACUGACAUAACAACUAGUCUUUUGAUUUUUGAACAGAGAAGUUGGUAGGCUAAGACGAUUCCACAUAUCUGCUUAUGACAGCCUUUGAUAUCUCCCUUAACUGAUAUAUAGAUUGUAACACAGGAAAUGCAGCAGUAAAAAAACAUCAGAUAGGGGUUACAUUACAAUAAUGGACUGCGGUAAGAUAGGGCCCUCCAAUUGGCUCCUCUAAUGACAAUUUGUUGUCUUUUUACUGUUAUGGGCACUGGAGUACAGUUAGUAGAGCACUGUAUUCAUGUUCCUAUGGGCUGCAGGAGGCUUAACCUGUGACUUGACUUGUGGCAUUGUAUCAAAGUUCUGCUCACAAACCGUGUCCUUUCUUGGGGAAAGAUUGAUUGUCUGUUGCAGUCCCCUUUAGAGUGAACCCACCCAUCCUCUCUCUGAGCCAAGCAAAAGGUGUCGUACGUAUGUCCACAUUUGACCUUGACUGAUUAGUCAUAGAGUGAGAUACCACAGCUUUGAAGCAGACUUAACACCUCAGCAACCACUUUGAAGAACUACAGUAUGUUAAUUUGAAAUUCCUAUGGCCUUAUGGGCUGUCUAGUGCUCCUGCAUAUGGGUCUCAUUUGAAGAUGGCUAAAUAAUGGUGUUAGAAGCAGAUAAUAAAUUAAAAAAAGACAUGCACAUGUUUGCACCCACCCAUCCGAUGAGUUUGGGACUAGGUGAUGAGUGAUUCAGAAUCUUUUAGAGCGGAAAGAAACUGCUAGAACUAGCCUAAUAAUGAAUGCAUAGGUUCCCUGCACAUCUGUGUCAGUGUAAUUUGGGGAGGAGCAGGAUACCCCUGCAGCUCACGCUACAACCUGGACUCAGGGGUAGACUUAAUAUAGUAAAUGUAAAUCCGGGACACUCCAGUUAGUAUGAUAUGUUAAGUUUCGUUUGGUAUGUAUUCAUUUGUGGAUGUCCAUCAUCCAUUUCGUAUGAUAUGUUACGAAUUACAAUUCGUAUGAUAUGUUAUGAUUUGCAAUUCGUACAAUAUUUUACAAAUUUGUAAUUCAUACAAUAUGUUACAAAUUGUAAAAACGUAUGAUAUGUUACGAAUUCUAAUUUGUUGUGGCUAACGUUAGCUAGGUGGCUAAUGCUAAUGUUAGCUAGGUGGUUAACGAUAGCUAGGCUAGGGGUUAGGGUUAAGGUUAGGGUUAGGAGUUAGGUUAAAGGGUUAAGGUUAAGCUAACAUGCUAAGUAGUUGCUAAUUAGCUAAAAUGCUAAAGUUAUCCGUGAUGAGAUUCAAACACGCAACCUUUGGGUUACUAGACGUUUGCGUUAACCCUUUAACCUAACUCCUAACCUUCUGUCUUAUGUAACCAUACCAAACAUAACAUAUCAUACUAAUUUGAGCGUCCCAGAUUUACAUUGACUAUGUUAUGUCUAGUCUAUGAGACCAGGCUGCACACAGCCUUCCUUUCCUCAGCUUACACAAGCCCUCACACAUGAUGCAUGCCAGUACUUCAAAUGUGCUGCUAAGGAGGUGAAAGAACACUUGCUGGUUGGAGAGAUAACAACCUUACUCUUUAGUCCUCCUCUGAAAUGUUUAUAUCCCAUUAUGUAAUGGAACUUAACAAUGUGCAAUUUAUUCCACAAGCAUAAAUACAGUUCUAUACUUUAAUAUAAUAGCUACCAGUUACCAGUUUUAGAGUUUGAUUGGGAGAGUAAUGAUGCAAGCCCAGGAGAAUGGAUGGAAAUUCUUAUCAGUGUAACCAUAACUCACCCAUCUGAAUAGCCCACACUUAGCUGACUGUCGGAGAGGUGCAUUCACUGUAAAUUGGUGUUCCAUGUUUUCCUGUGAAUUGUCAGACUGCAGUGAUAAUGGACUGUUAUGGCCGUAAUGAACCCCUCUGCAUACAGCAGGCUUGCUGUCUUUGAACUGCACCACCAACACUAUAUCUUAAUGAAAGCAGUCUACAAACUAGCUGUGAUUUCUCACCACACCUUGUAUCAUAUUACAGUUUUAUUAGCCUGUCUUGAACCAUAUCUUCCUCCUCCUCUAGUUCAGUGUGGAAAAAUCAACAGAGCCCAUCCAACCAAGGACAUUGUUGAAAUUUCCCAAAAUAUACAAGCCCAAACCGUCUGUGACCUCAUCUGAGGUCAUCAGCUACCCUGAUCAUGCCUCAGAGAAGGGGGGCGAGCCCUCUCCCGAGGGACCCUCGACUGAGCCUGAUGCUGGUAACCAAGCAACGGACAGCUCUGACACGUUCACGAUCCUCAGACAAGGUAAACCCCAAGCAAGAACAAACACCCUGAUUUAAACCAAAUAAAUCCCUUUAUCAUUUCCUCUUCUUUUCGUAGCUACUGUGCCUUCAUUAUACAAUGUGUAAUACUCUUCAGUUGUUUAGAUUCAAAAAUGUUCAGGUUAAAUUUUACUUGGAAUUUAAAUGGAUUUUUGGACCUAUAUUACAACGACUUUUUAUCUGUAAAUCGGAAAAAAAUGUCUUGGCAGUUCAUUGGCAGUAACAAAUGUUAUUGGUAAUUACUGUAGUUAAUCACUUCCUACUAUUGUAUUAGAGUUACCACUCACUCAGUCUAGAUAAUUGUGUUUGUGUUACUUAACUCACGUCUCCUCCUGCCAGAGCAUUGUGAUCAAAGGCUUUGCCCCACUCUCCCUCCUUCCCUCCCUAGUCCCUACACUCAUCCACUCAGUGUUAUUGAUGUGUCCAGUCAAUGGAACCUAAUGCAUGAUGGAUAGGACUGGUCCCAGAGGGCUAAGAGCUUCCUACUGCUAUUCUUGGUGCUUUCUUACACCUGAAUGCAAUUGCCUUACAGUAACAGCCAGUUUGGCUAUACUUGGCUAUACAUGGAUAGGUGGAUUUAUUAUUUGAAAAGCAAUUAGCACACACACUUGACUAUUGUGUGUUAAUUAUUUCUCAAAAAAAUAACAAACAAAAAAACAAAUAACAAAUGUAAGAUGUCCAAACUUGUGAAACAUAGACGUCUAUGAUUGGUUCAGAUUUGGUCCGGUCUGGACCAACCAAAUGUGGUCUUGUUUAUAAUAUAAUAAUAUAAAUGCCAUUUAGCAGACGCUUUUUUCCAAAGCGACUUACAGUCAUGUGUGCAUACACUUUUACGUAUGGGUGGUCCCGGGUAUCGAACCCACUACCCUGGCGUUACAAGCGCCAUGCUCUACCAAUUCAGGGCUCAAUAAAAUAAUAGCCAGUGUGUAGAAUAAUACCCAAAUAUGCAAAGGAGGAUAUUGCAUAUUUAUACCUGUGUGUACCUAUUUAGGAUACAUCACCAGGAAGAGAAUGACAUUCAUAUCCAUAAUUAUGCAUUUCUGUGUAGUACAGAUCAGGGACUCAUGAAUAAAUUCUGUUAACACAAUUCCGUUACCGGGUGUAAAUCUACUUCACUUACUGUAGUUCAAUAACCAAUAUAUAUUCAUUUAUUUUCAAAGUCAAUGUGUCAUGUCAUAGCUGACACCCCAUUCUUUCUGCAGACAUCGUUGAAUCUUAAUUAGGAGCGCACAUUUAACAGAGUUUUUGGAAAACGUGGACACAUAAAAAAACUCAGGGAGAUUUUCCCGAAAUUCUGUUACCAAACUUUGCAUCUGCACAUUUCUUCCAGUAAAUGUGUUUUAGUAAAAUGUUCACUGUAAAUUGUUGAAAGUAGUUAUUGUGCAUAGAGUUGUAUGGUUUGUUAAUCUUUGAAAUCAAUCAUUUUUGUUUGUCUCAGUGCAAUUCCGUUGCCGUGGAAUUGCCCAGCCCUAACCCAGCCUCCUUUCCCAGACUCAAAGGACGAAACCCCCUGUGCCAGGGAUCUUACCAAUGGGAUGACAACAAGCAGCUCCAUCCUCCACCCUAAGCUGCAUUUCUCUCUCACCUAUUAUACCGAACAGAGCGAGCUACACAUCACCGUGAUAGAAGGUAAGGCAACAAUCUCAACAGUAUCAUCUGCAAGUAUGUAAACUUCAUGUAAAUUAAGAAGGUUGAGGUAUCACUAAACAUGUUGACCCUAGUUUACCUAUUAAACAUAUUUAAGUACUUCCUUGACAGUGCAUUUCUUUCUGUCAAACCUCAUUUAUUAACAUUAUCAAAAGAGGUAAACAAGCAGAUGUCUUCUGCAAAUGAAAACAAGGAUAAAGGAAAAAAACUAAUUGGCAGUUGUCUGCAAAUAUAAUAAAUAAAUGUGAGGCAACAGUCAAUCAAGAGUGACAAAUAGAUGGAAAUUGUAAAUGGAGACCUCACAACCCAAUCCCCUCAGUGCAUCGUGUCUUGUGGAGCAAUUUUCCGAAAGCUAAUAGAGUGGCAAAGUGAUGACGCACAAACACUGCCACAGUCAACCUGGCUUCAUCUAUUUCAGUAUUCUGCCUUGUUUCUUUUACGUCCUCCAUCUACAAAAUAAUUCAUUUCAUUUGUGGUGAGACAAAGCAAUCCUCCGGCCUCCCCCCUUCAUAAGACUGUGGGUGAUUUGAUAAGGGGUUGAGUGGCUCAGACAUUUUUUUUGUGUUGGCACUCUGCUGGCUGGUCCCCAUAUGUGGACACUUAUCGACUGUAGAUGCUGAUGCGUCACCCAAUGAAAAGGUCAGCAAUGCAUCUACUUUGCCUUGCGGCAGGCUGGUGGGUGGGUGGGUGUUAGUUGAUGGUGGGGUAGGGGUGCAAGCUGUCAAACUGAGUUGGUGGUGGGGUAGGGGUGCAAGCUGGCAGUGGCGGCUCCUGAAAAAAUUCUCAGGAGGGGCAAUUUUUCUGAUGAUUUAGGUGACCUACACACAUUUUUAAAAAGAUAUGUCCAGCAACAACAUGAAGACAGGGGCAACAUAUAAGUCAAUACCAGAAGCAUUUAUUGACUGAUCUCAAAAGUGUUGGCUUACAAAAGCAAAAUAAGUUAUCACAGUAAAAAUAAUCAAGGGUGUUCUUUCACAUUCCUCAACACUGCAUAAACAAUAUGUAUGGCUUUGUAAAAAUGAACAACCAUAUUCUGGCCAAUUGUAUAGAUUUGUAAAUAUGAACAACCAUAUUCUGGCCAAUUGUAUAGAUUUGUAAAAAUGAACAUGAACAGAUUUUUUAUUUUUUUGAAUGGCAGUACCUUUCAAACAUGUCUGCUUGCAGUAAGGUAGCACUCACAAGGUGGCCAGAGAAAGAGAACCUUUCUUUGGUGUGAUCCAGGAUGGUGUUGCAGACCUCUUCAGACAGCCUCUGCUUCUCCUCUUCUCUCAAAGCUGUUCUGGGUCUUUUGGCUCCUGUUGCUUCUUGCAGCUGCUGUUGAGAGGAGUCCCUGAAGGCAAACAGACCAAUGUGUUUGUUGGCUUUGUACAGUAUUGUUGUCUAUGUGAUGCACAGGUAUAUGCAAUGUAUCCAUGUAUAGUACAAAUACUUCAGUUCCACUUAAAAUGGGCAGGGAUGCAUAAAGUCUUUAGUGUUUAAGUUAGCCUUUGUGUCUCACAUAGCCUGGAUGUUCAGCACAGUAUACAGUGGUGCUCAUAAGCUUAUGAUCCCAUGCUAAAGUUGACUAAAAAGAGGAAUAAAAAAGAAAAGAAAAUUGGUGUCCUUAAAGGUUGGAUUUUCCAACUUUUUUAAUUAAGUCAUUAAGAUCAAUUUCCAAAAGAUGAUUUUUUUAUUUUUUUAUUCCUCUUUUUAGUCAGCUUUAGAAUGUGUUCAUACACUUAUGAGCACCACUGUACAGUACACAUAGUAUAUAAAAUAAGAUAGAUUACACCACUGGCCAUAUAUAAUGACAAUAAUGUAAUUUCAAACACAAAUGCAGUCUCCUUUCAUGCAUACAUUUUCAAAUAAAGCUCUGCUUUGAGAAAGAUCGAAUGAUAUUGUUUAAUCUUUAUCUUACCUUAUGGCCUGCACACUGCUUGCGAAGCUGUCGAGGGCACGUUUGAUAAAGACAGCAUCGAUGUCCUUAUUCUGUAGCUUCUGGUACGGUGGGCUGGUCAAAUGAACCCAAUGAACCCGUCCGGAUGGCUUCAAAACAUUCUAUGAGGUCGUCUCGAUUCUCGUAGACAGUGUUCACGACUCUGCUGUUGCUAACCUCAUCGUUGUGGCGGCGGACAGCUAGCCUGUAUCCCUCAUCCAGUUGAGUGGCAAUAUUCACUCUCACCAAAGCAGACAAUCUCAAACAGCUAUCAAUGUGGGUCUUUGACAGCUCAUUUUUCUUAAUCUUUUCUGAAAGAUGGUGCAUGUCGGUUACACCAGUCGCUGUCCAAGCGUUGCUGUCUGCCGUUCAUGGUUACGUUACGUUACGUAUGACGAAAGCGCGUAAGUGCAAGCCCUCAGACACCCAUAGAGAAUGUAUUGAAAGCUCAGAAAUUUGAAAAAAAAAUAUUUUACAUUAGAGGCUAUGAGAGACUUCUGGGCGAUUUUCAACCUGACUGAAAUCGCCCCAAAACGGGCGGGGACAUUUGAAGCACGACUUUAGCCUGAUUGGACAUUUAGUGGCUGGCAGAUCAGACGUGAACACUGAACUACUGUUGCCAUGAUAUAAUUGAUUAGAAAAAAAAUCCCUUCCUUUUCCCGUUUGGCAGUGCGUCGCCCAUAUCGCCCUAUUGAACACACCGCCCAUGGCUGCCACACUGUUCACACCAGCAUCAUACGCCUGUUGAGAUAUGCUAACAAGGGGCACAGGUUCUCUGCAGGCUAGCUGUCUGUGAGUCCUGCCUCUUUGGUUUGUUUAUCACAUGCCGUGUGCUCAAUUAUAUCUCAUUAUAUCCAAGCCCUUAGCUUCACUAAUUACUAUUUUUAUUCAAGGAGUACAGUAUGCUUUGCUGUUGGAGAAACUGUUGGAGAGACCUAUGCUGGUGUUGUCGAGCACUGAUUGUGCAAAGGGGUAAAUGCUGUGUGGGUUUACAAAGUGCUUCUGCAUUGUUUGUCAUAAACACAUCUACUAGGUAUACGCAUACUCUCCUUAUAAAUGCAUACCCUAUAAAGUUAUAACAUCAGUGUAUUCUACAUAAUAAGAUAUUUCGCAGACCUUGUCAUUUAUCCUUAUUUCAGAAAUAAGGAAUUGGGAAUAGCUAAUGAGAUUCUCUCCUCCGCACACUCCACUGGCUUCGAGUCGAAGCUCGCAUCCACUACAAGACCAUGGUACUUGCCUACGGAGCAGCAAGAGGAACUUCCCCUCCCUACCUUCAGGCUAUGCUCAGACCCUACACCCCAACCCGAGUACUCCGUUCUGCCACCUCUGGUCUCUUGGCCCUCCCACCCCUACGUGAGGGCAUCUUCCGGUCAGCCCAGUCUAAGCUCUUCUCUGUCCUGGCACCCCAAUGGUGGAACCAGCUUCCCCUGAAGCUAGGACAGCAGAGUUCCUGCCCAUCUUCCAAAAACAUUUGAAGCCCUACCUCUUCUAAGAGUAUCUUAAAUAAUCCCACAGCCACUUUACUCCCCCCCCCCCCCCCCACCCCCUUACUAGCACUGACUUUUCUGAUAGCUACUUUAUUGAGGAAAAAUGUAUUAACUAUGACUGUGAUAUGUGGUUGUCCCACCAAGCGAUCUUAAGAUGAAUGCAUUAAUUUUAAGUCGCUCUGGAUAACAACGUCUGCUAAAUGACUAAAAUGUCAAAUGUACAAAUUUAAUUAAAACUACAUCAAUAGACUGCUAUUCUAAGGGUUUGCUCCCCUCUCUCUGUUGCCUCCUUCCCCUCUCUGUCUUCCUCUGUAGCGAAGCAUUUGAGUGUGGGGUCGGGCUGUGAGGGGUAUGUGGCCGCAGUCCUGACCUCAGCAGCAGGACAGAGGGAGGCCCAGACCUCAUCGCGACGCCUGACCAGCCACACCCGCUGGGAGGAAGGCAUGGUGUUCUCCCUGCCAGGGGGGUAUGAGGUGGAGGGCGAAGUGGCUCUCUCCCUGCACAGUUGUGACCGCUUCUCCCAGAACACCAACCUGGGCGUCAUGAGGUUCAAGCUGGUUGAUGUGGGCAUGAUGUCCAACGCAGACUGCUGGGUCGACCUUCAACCACCAAAACAGGUAGGCUACCCUGUCCUUGCCAUGGAUAUACUGUAUAGUAGAUGGCAUUGGCAGCAAAGUUAAAGAGCAACUGCCCCUAAAAACCAACUAAUCCCUUUGAAAACAGCCUAUGUGGCAUUGAUAUGAAUCAGCAACAUUUAUUCUAGUUUCAAAAGUGACUGCAAAGUGUAAAUAGGAUAGUUCUGGUCAUAAAGUCAGUCUCGUCUAAAACGGAGUAAAAGAAGGUUGGGUUUGGAGUACAAUUAUGUCAACAAAUAAUGCCCCCUUUUGCCAAGCUCCACGUGCAAAUCGGCCCUCUGCCACUUCGCUUCCCUUUGCCCACUUCGCUUCCCACUUCCAUUGUUUCAUCGCCCCCAACAUACAUGUUCAAAGGAUCACGGCCGUUUGAGACUGAAAGGUGGAUUGACCAUGCAAUGCAAUGCAUGCCUCCAGCAGGAUGCACAGCCAACAACUAUGGUUUGCAUGCCCUGCCGAAGGACCCUAUCACGCGGAAUAGGUGGUUGGAGUUCGUUGGUCCCCAGUGGUGGUGAGUAUACCGGUAGCUAGACCAUAGACUGCUGGUUGUGUGUCUGGUUAUGUAUAUUGAUAAUCAUAACUUUCAUCGCUGGCUAACUUUAGCCUACCUAAACUCAGAUUUGGCAUGUAGACAAGAUAACAUUUCAAAAGAAGGCAAAUAAUUUAAUUAGUAGGCAAACCUUUAGUCAUGAUUGUGAUGUUGCCAGAUUGACUUUAGAUGCAGUACAACUUUAGCCAGCUAACUAAGAUCGAGGGGACCACCUUAUUUUAGCUAACUAACAUUAGCAUUGCUAGCUGUUUUUGACGAACUUCGCUAGUAACAGUAAUGGCAACAUUGCCAUCUCUCUAAAGUAAAUUUGACGACAUCAUAAUAUGGCAAAGUUGUUUCCUAUUCAUUAUUUGGCUACUUUAGCUAGGUAAUCGUAUUUCCAUGCACUCUAAAUUAGUGUCUAGGGCACAAAUAGAUAUUGGAUGCAGCUUUGGUAGUACUAGCUAACUCAUGUCUGACUACAACAGUGUACGAACUAACAGCAACAAACUCAAAGAAAUCCAGGGCCAUAGCAAAACAUUUCAGAGUUGGUUGCAUAGUGUAAUGGCGUCAACAGCCUGGAUCUAAUCCAAUCUGGAGUCAGUCAGUCUACAUCUGUUAAGUAUUAGUUUCCAAAUGAGAUUAUGUUAUUUCUCAAGCUAUGUUUAUAAUUGAGGGAUGAUCACAAUUGUUGACCCUGUUUUUCUGUUAGACAAAAUGCACAAUUGGGUGCCAGACUGAUCCCCUGGUCAUGAACGGAUGCCAGGACCUACCAGAAGGCGCAAAGGUGAGUAUCAUAACAUCUCCAGCAAUGUGAUUGUAAUGGUUUAGCGACCCCCCAAAAUAUUUUUAAUUCACUGUUCACUUGCUAUUUUCAAGCAUGUAAGGCAAGACCACAGAAUAUAAGUGUGUGAUGCGACACAAGUACCCUUGUGACACCUCCUCCGUUGUUGCCAGUCUCUCUUGACUCCUAUGGACACGCCAUCAUGAGGCCUCUGAUAGUGACCCAUGUUACUGCCCUGAGGAAACAGAUUGCUUCAUCAACAACAACAGGUAAUGUGUGCUAUGUGAAAAAGUUGUAUUCCAAAAUAUCUGGCUUGAUAAAAUAGUAGGCUAAUUCCCUAGCGUUGUAGAUAGAAAUAGGAGAGUAUUUUUGGUUGUUAAGUGCAUUAGUAAAAAGCUUUGUCAUUUAUUUAGAACAAAAUGCAAUUUACCACUUGGCUGUCUAUUAUAUUACCCUGUCACAGGCCAUCCCAGCAUAGAGAAGACGGGCAAGGGGGCCCUCAUCAGCAUCAUGCAGACAUUCCCUUGCUGUGAGCGUUCCUAUGAAUGGAACAGUCAGCCACAUGUUGGCAAGUAUCCGGCCAGCAACCACCUGUCAGCAGCAACAGAUUUCACAGGCUCAUAAUUUGUACAAGUACAGAAGGUAACCCACUUUAUUACUUUGAUAGAUUUGAUAUCCCUAUAGUGAAACAUAAUUUAUGUAAACUGACAUUACUUGUUGCUUAUUUUCUACUUCUUAGAUGCAUACAAUGUCCAGGGCAUAUCUUAGCCUGGUGGAACCAGCCUGAUCGCUGUGUUCACCAUUCUAUUUCACUGUACAUUUUAUGAUAUCUGAAGUGAAAUAGAAAGGUGAAUGCAGCAAUCAGGUUGGUUCCACCAGGCUAAUCAUAACCACCAUUGAUAAUGUAUCAGUGCUCUGUGUGUGUGUGUUUGUGUGUGACUGACCAGUAUCUUUGAUGAGGGGCUGAUCUACUCUGCUAUGCCCGUUAAUGGGGCUCUGUCAAAGACAUCACCUCCAGCCUCACCUCUUGCCUGCUCACCAACGGUCGUCGAUGGGGAGAAGAGAUUUAGCUAGGUUUAGUUUGACCUGUUCAAACUUCAACAUAGUACCUGCUUGUGUGUCAGAUAUUACCUAUCCUAACUACCAUUGGUAAUAGAACAGUGACUAUGUGUGUAUAUGUUUGGAGCCAGCACAUGGAGACUUGCAAAAUUAUGUGAUAAAGUCCAGACUGACAGAUACUGAUACUGAUGUAUCUGAAUGGAGAGAGACCUUGCACUCUGCAUUAAAAUUUUACUAGAAACAACUUUUACUUGUAUUGUAUUUUGUUAUUAUUUAAUUGAAUGGUAUCAGUCAAUAUGGGGAGGGAGAAACCCUGUGUAUUCUGCACCAGGAUCAGGGAACUCCUGUUGUAUACAGGACACCACACAGGAAGGUAUGACCACUCUGACAUGUUUGCCAAGGUAGCCCCAUUACCACCAGACAAAAUGCUGAUAGGCACAGUGUCUGUAUCGGCUGGGAAUGACAAUGAAAGAUGAAAAGUUCACAUUAUCAUACUAGCAGAACACUGCUUCUAUGGUAUUAUGUAAAGGGUUGUUUAUUCUACAUGGACCUGUUACUACAUUUGAAAGUUAUGUCUACCUAAAUUCAGCAAUUGCAUUCUUCUCAUAUUACUCUGUAGGCUGCUGACAUUUUCAAAGCUUCCUCCAGCAUCUCAUCAUACAUCUGUAGUUAUUGAACUCAACCUGCCGGAGGUUUGUUUGUUGCGAUUGAGUGGGGGGGGGGGGGGGGGGGGUCUUGGUGGUGGCAAGGACACACCUAAGAAACACCCACAUCAAACCACACCCACAACCCAACUCAAGUUUUGCUUCUGUCAUGGCCGCCCGCAUUUCUUGCGGAGCAAGUCAAAAAAAGAGGCCAAAUCAGCGGGUGCAGUUCCCCUUUAAUAUUAUUAUAUUUUUGUAAAUUGAAUUGUAUAGAACUGUGUUCCUCUUCGAGACCAUCAUAGAUAUCAUUUUUAGUAAUGAGGAGCACGGUAACUGUUUAUCUUCUUUUGAAGAAUGGGUGGAAUCAUGAGUGAUUUUGAAUUGGGGUGAGAUAUAUUCCCUGCGUCUCUGAGAUGAAGUGUGUUUCCACUAUCUAUCGCUAACCUGUGCUAAUUGGCUCUCCUUUGCUUCUAUGAGCUGUUAGGAGGUGUUCGUUAUAAAAAGGUGUUGCCAUGGCAUCCUUCAACAGCCCCUACCCCUCGUGAUCUGAUAGUGACGUGAGCCAUCCCAGCUCUCAAACUAGACAACUGUUCUGUGGAUCUGGUGAAACUGAAUCCUAGGCACUGUGAUCAAAAUUAUUUUUAUUCAAGGUCAAACUCAUUUAUCUCAAUGGCUAGGUUUGGUCUGCCUGUCUGUAUGGCUACCCUGUAACAAGCACUGUUAAGCCUCUUCAAGAUACAGUGAUAACCAUCUGACUUUAUGUUAACCUAAAGAGGAUUUAGGUAAAAAGGACAGCUACUCAAGCUGCUAUAGAAAAAGGUAAUCCCAUUUGACGUCUCAGUCUCAGUGACACAGGGAGGAUUUGUAUAUAGGGUUGAAAGGGAGAUUGUUGUUGGACGUUUUGAUAGAAAUCUCUGAAAGGAUUGAGUACAUACAGAGAGACAAAAUGUAUACUGCAAGUCCUUUUCAGUUUAUUCAGGCUCUGAUCCAUUUGCGAGGCUGGGAAACCUUUGAAAAAAUGAAUUUAUUAGAAACCCAAUAUGAUCUUGUUUCUCUUUUCUGUCGGAACAGCUCAUUCUGUCCACCAACAAGCUGUUCUUUAAUUAAAACUUCAGCUACAGGGACACCUGAAUGCAAAUAUGGAUUUAAUAAAAAAACUGCCAGUUCUCCAGUCUUUCCUGGCUGCUGCAUCGUGAGCCUCCAAGCUAGGCAGGAGAUCAGAAUCUACAUCAUUACAAACCCUGGGGAUUUCUUUUUUCAGGGAUGCGCAAGAGAGCAUGAAGUCCUGCCAGGAAUCACAAACAGGGAUGAUGGAGGGCUGGAGAGGGAGCGGGAGAUGACGGAGAGAGAUACGAGGAUGACAUGAGAUAAAUAAGUCACGUCAAAGAUUAAAAGGAAGACCAGAUAGAGGAGAUAGAGAGGACAGGGGGAGGCUGAGAGAUGUAGGGAGGGGAAGGCGGGAGUUUGUAUGAUGUAGGUUGUGACGCAAGUGAUACUCCGCUGCGGAAGAAUAACUAUAAAUUAUUGAUCAUUUAACACAGUGAGAAGUUUCUCAGCUCUUUAUUUAGUGGUCAUAGCUGCAUAGAGAGAACACAGGAGCAGAUGGGGCUGACAGAAGCCGGGGAUGACACACACAGCAGUAUACUGUGCUAUAGCUCCUCAGGAGAUCACACACUAUGAUACUCCACUGAAGAAAGAUAGGAGAUAUUUUAUUUAUUAGAUGUCCACUGAAAGAGAGAAAAACAUUUUAAUGAAACCGUUGAUUUGGUUGUAGUUGUAUGGAGUUAUGACUCAGAGAAGAACACUGUUCAAAGAACAAGACUACCCCAUUCCCUUUGCAUCGAUUACUUACCACUCCUUUGAUAUAUCGCUCACAGCAAAUCAAAGAGUGAGUCAGGCUGCUACUUUAAAGUGUUUACUUGCUGUGGAUCGCAGACUAUAAAGGGACGCUCAAGCUGUAAAAUUGUACUGUGCUCUUUGGUGCUGUUGAAAUGAUGUAGUUAACAUGUUUCCAAGCACCCCCUAUAAAAGCCAAUUGUGCUUAGUCUGUGCUGCAUAUUGGCUAAUGCAAAAUCCUUGACUUUUUGUCCAUUAGUGGGCUCCUUAUUUUUUGUGUGUGACCUGUUUGGAAAUAAUAUGAACCACUUCCUCAUAUGUGCACUACUGGAUGACCAAAGACCCUAGAUAUCAAUUACUUUCACUAAUCAACCCUCCACACAGUUGGCUAUGCAUGAUAACAGUUUGACAAAAGGUGGAGUGUUGACUGUAAAGCCUCUCCUACACACACAUUUCGUUUAUAUGAUAUUACUUUUACAAUAAACUCUUUCCUGGUUGUAAGAGUCUCUGAUAUUCCACUUAGUAAAGUGACAUAUUGGGGCAUAUUGCAGUAUGUGUAGGAGUUUCAAUGCCCCUAACCCACGCACGAAGACCAUUUACUAAAUUGUCACGAUUUCAGAUCAAUAUGAGAUUCACCGGUAGCAUCAGAAGCAUAAUAGCAGUUAUUAUAAUAAUUUGUGCCUAAUGAAUCCUAAUCUUCCUGAGGCACAGAGGUGACUCACACAGCCAUUCAUCCAGUCCAUUUGAUUACUAGUGAAUCAGACCUUUGUGUCCGUUAAUGAUGCUGUCAAGGUAACAGGCACGUGUACACACCUUAUUGUAAUUCCUAAAUGGACAUUGCUUGUUUGAUAUUUGUUCUAACCUAUGUACUGUAUAUCAAAGUCUGUUGUGUGUUGAAGUUUUCUGCUGUGUGUUUUUGACAUUAUUUGCAGAAUAAACGUUUUUAUGUGACCUGUUCUAAUCACAGUGAAUUGGUGUAAUUGACUAUAAUCAGCAGGAUGUCCAGUCAGCUGGAGAGCUCUUGCUCUCCAUAAGUUACCUGCCUGCAGCCAACCGGCUGGGAGUGGUGGUGAUGAAGGCUAGAGGACUACAGUUGGACAAGCUGAAGGACUCCAUAGGUACACCCUGCUUAUUAAUAUAACCCAUUGCAGCUCAUACUGUAUGACGCCUACAACUGCUCAUCAAAUCAUACAACCAUGAAUGGAUAAUCAUCCAUCCGUUUCACUGUAGUGAAAGCCUCGUUCCUUGUUCCUAGACCUGUCUGUGAAACUGGCCCUGAAGCACCAGACUACCAAGCUGAAGAAGAAGCAGACGCGACGAGUCAAGCACAAGAUGAACCCAGUGUGGAAUGAGAUGAUGAUGCUGGAGGUUCCCCGCGAGCUGCUGUCUAAAUCCAGUCUGGACUUGGAGGUGUUGAACCAGGCAGGUCCUGUUGAGCAGGAGUCCUUGGGCCGCUGCCAGCUGGGUUUACAGGCCUCUAAUACUGGUCUCCAACACUGGCAGCAGAUGCUAGACAACCCCCGUAAGCAGAUCGCCAUGUGGCACCCACUUUAUGACUAAGAUAACAACCUGUCUGCUUUGCCCUUCCAAAUACCAAAAUAGUAUACCACACAUAAAUAGUUUACCAUACAAGGCUGGAUUGAGUAAUUCCGGAACUCAGGAUUUAAGAGCCUAAAUCUACAGUAUUUAUCCACUUAUAUGGAAAUGAUCCUAUUACCUGCAAUUAUUUAUCCCACAGCAUCCCAUAACAUAUCAACAAUAGCAUACACUGAACCGACAUAUCACUGGAUAUCACAGAAUUUCCCAAGAUUUCCAACCAUGAACACAUUUUAUAUAUUCAAUGAAACUCAUCAAUGCAAUGUAAUACUUCACCUACAAUACCUACAGUGAGAGAAAAAAGUAUUUGAUCCCCUGCUGAUUUUGUACGUUUGCCCACUGACAAAGAAAUGAUCAGUCUAUAAUUUUAAUGAUAGGUUUAUUUGAACAGUGAGAGACAGAAUAACAAUGAAAAAAUCCAGAAAAACGCAUGUCAAAAAUGUUAGAAAUUGAUUUGCAUUUUAAUGAGGGAAAUAAGUAUUUGACCCCCUCUCAAUCACAAAGAUUUCUGGCUCCCAGGGGUUUUAUAUACAGGUAACGAACUGAGAUUAGGAGCACACUCUUAAAGGGAGUGCUCCUAAACUCAGCUUGUUACCUGUAUAAAAGACACCUGUCCACAGAAGCAAUCAAUUAAUCAGAUUCCAAACUCUCCACCAUGGCCAAGAGCAAGAGCUCUCCAAGGAUGUCAGGGACAAGAUUGUAGACCUACACAAGGCUGAAUGGGCUACAAACCAUCGCCAAGCAGCUUGGUGGGAAGGUGACAACAGUUUGGUGCGAUUAUUCGCAAAUGGAAGAAACACAAAAGAACGUCAAUCUCCCUCAGCCUGGGGCUCCAUGCAAGAUCUCACCUCGUGGAGUUGCAAUGAUCAUGAGAACGGUGAGGAUCAGCCCAGAACUACACGGGAGGAUCUUGUCAAUGAUUCUCAAGGCAGCUGGGACCAUAGUCACCAAGAAAACAAUUGGUAACACACUACGCGUGAAGGACUGAAAUCCUGCAGCGCUCGCAAGGUCCCCCUGCUCAAGAAAGCACAUAUACAUGCCCGUCUGAAGUUUGCCUAUGAACAUCUGAAUGAUUCAGAGGAGAACUGGGUGAAAGUGUUGUGGUCAGAUGAGACCAAAAUGGAGCUCUUUGGCAUCAAGUCAACUCGCCGUGUUUGGAGGAGGAGGAAUGCUGCUUAUGACCCCAAGAACACCAUCUCCACCGUCAAACAUGGAGGUGGAAACAUUAUGCUUUGGGGGUGUUUUUCUGCUAAGGGGACAGGACAACUUCACCGCAUCAAAGGGACGAUGUACCGUCAAAUCUUGGGUGAGAACCUCCUUCCCUCAACCAGGGCAUUGAAAAUGGGUCGUGGAUGGGUAUUCCAGCAUGACAAUGACCCAAAACACACGGCCAAGGCAACAAAGGAGUGGCUCAAGAAGAAACACAUUAAGGUCCUGGAGUGGCCUAACAAGUCUCCAGACCUUCAUCCCAUAUUAAAAUCUGUGGAGGGAGCUGAAGGUUCGAGUUGACAAACGUCAGCCUUGAAACCUUAAUGACUUGGAGAAGAUCUGCAAAGAGGAGUGGGUUACUCGCCACAGUACCUAUACUUAACCACCUCUAUGAUCUGUUUUCAUAGCUGAACAGAAUAAAUAUGAUAAGUAAUGCCUGUGUUUUUGUGGUAUAGGGGAUUACGUAUAUGGUAUGUAAUGGUAAAAUAAGUCCUGUGUAGCUCAGUUGGU